AUGUUACUGACAUCUCUGGUAGAAGCACCGCCUCAAAUGCUUGGAUACAUUUAUUCCUCUUUCGUCUUCCCCCUUUUGCGACAAUAUCAACAAACCUCAUCGAUCAACAAACCCCUUCCAGGAUUGCUUCCAAAAUUGAACGACGGUUUCUCAUCGCCUGGUACAACCGACCGGCUCCGCUGCUUCCACUUUCCUAUUCCGAUGAGUCCGACGAGAGGGAAAGACAGAGGCCGGAGGUUGAGGAAUUUCGAUGAGGGGCUGGUCACGGUGGUGGCAGGAGUUGCUCCAACGGCUCCCGUUGCUUUGUUCCCGACGAUUUCGUCGAGUGGGAAAGGGCAGGGAACAAUCCGAUCACCACACACGAGUUCGGUGGUGAAUUUAGGUCAAGAGAUAGUGUUUCUUGGAUGGUGCUCGCUUGGCACAACAACACCACCACCACCACCAUCACAUGCCUUCUUCUUCUGA